AUGUCGAAGUUGUCAGAGAUGCAUGAAAAAGAAAUAUUUGGAGCAAUGUUCAUCUUGCUAAUGACUAGUAAUUCCGACGACAGAAAGAAGCGACCGCGAACAGCUUUUUCCGCCGCUCAAAUCAAAUCACUUGAAUCAGAAUUCGAAAGGGGAAAAUAUUUGUCAGUUGCGAAGCGAACAAGUCUUGCAAAAUCCUUAAACUUAACAGAAACUCAGAUUAAAAUUUGGUUUCAAAAUCGUCGAACAAAGUUCAAGAGAAAGUACACGUCAGACGUUGAAACUUUAGCGUCGCAUUAUUAUUCGUCUCUUGGCAUUGGUGGAAUUGCGCGUCCAAUGGUUGUUGGAGAUCGUUUGUGGUUGUUCAGUCAACCUCCACAUGGACCACCAGCACCGAUUCAAUCACUUCUGCUCAACAAUGUUCCACCAACACCGCAGCAUAUUUCGUCGUUGCAUCCUUCGGUUUUAAGUCGAACUUAUGCACCACCAACAAACGCACCAAUAAUAUCGCCUAGAUCAAGUCAAACUUACCCUUCACCGCCAAAUUUCAUGAAUAAAACUAUCAGACAUGAAUAUUUCAACAAAUUACAAUUUUCGCCAUACAAUCGAACACAAGAAACAAUCGACUUUCGUUUCGGAAAUAAAACUUCGUUCCUAACAUCUCCGGAAGUUAAAGCUGAUUCAGAUCAUAACAACAGCAAUGACCUGGCGAAUCUUGAAAGUCGAUUUGGGAACAACUCAAGCAUUCUUUCCAAUAAUCACAAGUUUAAUGAUGCACUCAACAUAAAAGAUGACAUUGCAAGCACUUCAAGUAGCGACAUCGAUUGUGAAGUUGAAGAUUGAAAAUAAUGAAAAAAUCAAAUUUUUAUCAAUUCUUUUAUUAGUUUGUUAACAAAGUUUUUAUUUGUAUAUCACAGCCUAUAACAAAAAGAAAGUUUCAAUAUAGGCUCUUUAAAGUAACACAGGAAAUCAACAAUCAUAACUGACUUAAAUCAUAAAAUUGCUUAAUAAUGUAAGAAAAAAUUGCUUCGUUUCGAGGAAAAGUUUCACUGGGCUCGCUUCAAUCAGAAACUGAAUGUAUGCUUAUAAAUAACUUAAUUAAACUAGGAAAUUUAUGAUGUUAAAUUAGAGUUCCGAUCGAAGACUUUUCUAAGGAAAUUAAUUUUAAUAUUAAUUGCUCGAAAUGUACAUAAAAAUAUUUAUUUGAUUCUUUUUUUGUAUCAGAAAUAUAAAGUUCAGCUCAUGUGCCAUUAAAAAAAUAAUCAAAAACUUGAUUUAUCAAAAUAAAAAUGGGAAUUUACUGAAAAAUCCAUUUUGACACGUUUUUAAUUUUUUUUCUAUGGAG